GCUUGUUGCGGAUGUUAAAAAAAUUGCUCAGCACGUCCUUGUAGAGUCGUAUAGCAGAGAGACGAGCACAACUGCGCAGGAGAUGACUUUCAAAUCGGCGAUUUGCGCAGUUGUUGCCGCCAUUUUUUUAUGAACGCAACUAACCCAACGUGUCAACAGUAUCGUCACGGACGGCGUGGAGAGGAGAGGACACGGAGCUGGGAUGCUGGACUUAAAUAAUGAGACGUUACCGACGACUUUGAAUUCAUACCGUGUGUUUUUAUAGCCGAACACGUCGGCAGUAGAUAUAUUAUUAGAUUAUUUACGCGGCUGACAGCGCCAUGUUUCGGCAGACGAAGGCGGUGCUCCAGAAACUUCGCUCUGUGAGCUUCUACGGGCAGCAGAGUACCUGGCGACUAAAGAGCACUUCAGCAAUAGAGAGGGCCAGUCAGUACCGACCCGGACAGAAAAUCCAUGGAUUCACAGUCAGAGAGGUUGUUGCCGUCCCUGACUUGUUCCUGACCGCAGUGAAGUUGACCCACGAUAAAACUGGAGCUCAGUACCUCCAUGCAGCCAGGGAUGACUCGAAUAACCUCUUUAGUGUCCUGUUCAGAACGACCCCCAUGGACAGCACAGGGGUCCCACACAUCCUGGAGCACACAGUGCUGUGUGGAUCUGAGAAGUAUCCCUGCAGAGACCCUUUCUUCAAGAUGCUGAACAGGUCCCUGUCCACCUUCAUGAAUGCUUUCACAGCCAGUGACUACACCAUGUAUCCGUUCUCAACCCAAAAUGGAAAAGACUUCCAGAAUCUUCUCUCGGUCUAUCUGGAUGCAGCUUUCUUCCCGUGUUUACGAGAGCAGGAUUUCUGGCAGGAGGGCUGGAGGCUGGAGAAUGAAAACCCAACAGAUCCCAACUCCCCUCUGGUCUUUAAAGGAGUGGUGUUCAAUGAAAUGAAAGGGGCUUUUUCUGACAACGAGCGCGUGUACGCCCAGCACCUCCAGAACAAGCUGUAUCCAGACCACACGUACUCUGUGGUGUCAGGAGGAGAGCCUCUAGCCAUCCCUGACCUUACCUGGGAACAGCUCAAGCAGUUCCACGCCACGCAUUACCACCCCAGCAACGCCAGGUUCUUCACGUAUGGAGAUUUGCCUUUGGAGCAGCAUCUGAAGCAGAUCGAAGAGGAAGCUCUGUCCAAGUUUGAACGCAUCAACCCGAACACAGAGGUCCCCCCCCAGCCACACUGGAGCAGCCCUAGAGAGGACCAUGUGACCUGCAGCCCUGACGCUCUGGCUCCGGAUCCGGCCCGGCAGAACACGCUGUGUGUGAGCUACCUGCUGGGAGACAUCACUGACACAUUUGAAGGAUUCACCCUCAGCCUGCUGUCGUCUCUCAUGAUCUCUGGACCCAACUCUCCCUUCUACAAAGCUCUCAUCGAACCCAAUAUAGGAACUGACUUCUCCUCUGUUGUAGGAUAUGACGGCAGCACCAAAGAGGCGUCGUUCAGUAUAGGACUGCAGGGAAUGGCCGAGGAGGACACCGAGAGAGUGAAGCAAAUCAUCAGCCAAACCAUCAACGACAUCAUCGAGAGCGGCUUUGAGGAGGAAAGAAUCGACGCUCUCCUGCAUAAGAUCGAGAUCCAGAUGAAGCACCAGUCCACAAACUUCGGCCUGUCUCUGGCCUCGUACAUUGCGUCAUCGUGGAACCACGACGGCGACCCGGUGGAGCUGCUGCAGAUCAACGACAGCGUUGCCAAGUUCAAACAGACCCUGAAGGAAAACCCUCGCUUCCUCCAGGACAAAGUCAAGCACUACUUUAAGGAGAACACACACAGACUGACCCUGUCCAUGAGUCCGGAUGAGGUCUACUUGGAGAAACAGGCCAAAGCCGAGGAGGAGAAGCUCCAGAAAAAGAUCCAUGCUCUGUCAGACAGCGACAAAAAAGACAUCUAUGAAAAAGGUCUGGAGCUGCUGGCUGCUCAGAGCAAAACGCAGGACGCCUCCUGUUUGCCGGCGCUGAAAGUGUCUGACAUUGAGCCCACGAUCCCUGUUACUCCUGUUCAGAUCAGCACAGCAGUCGGCGUACCGGUGCAGUACUGUGAGCAGCCCACCAACGGGCUAGUUUACUUCAGAGCCAUGUGCAGUCUCAACACACUGCCGGAGGACCUCAGGCUCUAUGUCCCGCUCUUCUGCAGCGUUGUCACCAAGAUGGGCUGUGGAGGUCUGGACUACAGACAACAGUCCCAGCAGAUGGAGCUGAGGACUGGGGGCAUGUCUGUCUCCACCCAGGUCGUCCCUGACUCCACCCAGCUGGACAUGUACGAGCAGGGUGUCCUCCUGUCCUCCUCCUGCCUGGAGAGAAACCUUCCUCACAUGUUUCAUCUGUGGAGCGACAUAUUCAACAACCCCCACUUUGACGAGGUGGAGCGCCUGAGAGUGCUGGUGAUGAUGUCAGCACAGGAGUUAGCCAAUGGGAUCUCCUACUCGGGCCACAUGUACGCCAUGACACGUGCAGGCCGUCACCUGACUCCAGCAGGAGACCUCAAUGAGACGCUUGGUGGGAUGGAACAGGUGAAGUUUAUGAAGAGGGUCGCUGAGUUGUCCGACCUCAGCCAAGUCAUCCGAACGCUCGUCAGGAUCAAGAAGCAUCUUCUCAACCCGGAC